AUGAACAGGUCUUCUCCAAGAAGUAGACUGGCCAAGCUAAAGCUUAUGGUGCAAAGUCCGAAGAACCAAACUCUUAAUCUCAGCACUAUAACGCUUACUAGCAGAAGAGCCAAACAGCAGAAGUCAAUUGAACUCUCAAACUCAGCAGUUAAACGGAGGAUCACCAAAUCGCUAAUGCAACCUUCUAACUCUCUCCUUUUUAUAAAGAAAAACACACUAGUACACUAUUUUUUAAAAAUUUUUAUUGUACUUGUUAUAAAUGAUAAAAUUUUUAUAUUUUCAAUUUUAUUUUAAUUAUAUGAUUGCAAUGUUUCAAAUGCCUUAUAAAUAAACUAUUUUAUAUAUUGUUUUGAUUCUUCUAGCUUGAAAUCAUAAAAUAUGAAUAAAUUAAAACCAUUUCUACAACAAAAGUUAUGCUCAAAUUAAUAAUGACAAAACAGUGUUCGGUAUAGAUAGCUAAGAAUAAGAAGAAAAAUACUUCAUUAUUUGGGCAAAAAGGAGAACUUGUUCUUCCAUUGUUAAUUGAUUCGACAAUCAACUAUAGCAGCAUUUCAGCCCAAAGCACCCACAAAAUAAACAGAAGUCGCAAGAGGAUCUCUAUUCUAAGCUCAGAUUGCAUUGAUUGUGAAAUCCCAGUGACAGAAAAGCAUACACCCAACCUCAAAACCAGGUCAUCAUUUACUGACCCAGUACAAAUUUUCGAAAAUUUAGAUCUGCCUAUCACACCCUCGUAUGCUUUAGAAUUGUUUUCUCCUCAUAUGAGUCUAUGCGAGCAAGGAGAAAUUCUUGAAUACAAAGAAAUAUGGUUUUUAGGCUUAGGAGCCAAAAAACCAAAGCCAAAUUUGAAUGCACCAAAUCAAGGUAUGGACGACGAUAAAGGUGACUAUACUUUGGUGUCCGGAGACCAUAUUGCUUAUAGAUAUGAAAUUAAAGAUGUCCUGGGCAAAGGAAGCUUUGGACAAGUCGUAAAGUGUUUUGACCAUAAGCAGCAAGAAUUUGUGGCAGUAAAAAUCAUAAAAAAUAAAAGAAGAUUCCACAAGCAAGCUGCAAUUGAGGUCAAAGUGCUUGAGCUAAUUAAAGCAAAUGACCCAAAUGACAUAUCGAACGCUAUUCACAUCAAAGACCAUUUUUCUUUCCGCAAGCAUUUGUGCAUAUCUUUUGAGCUGCUGAGCAUCAACCUAUACGAACUAAUGAAAUCUAAUUCAUACCAAGGGUUUUCCCUCAGCUUAAUCAGAAGAUUUGCUUUGCAGCUGCUAUGCUGCUUAAAAUUCAUAUAUGAGCAUAAUAUUGUUCAUUGUGAUUUAAAGCCAGAAAAUAUCCUUUUAAAGCAAAGUGAUAAAUCUGGCAUUAAAAUAAUCGAUUUUGGCUCAGCUUGUUUUGAAAAUGAGAAAAUGUACACUUAUAUUCAAAGCAGGUUUUAUAGAGCUCCAGAAAUAAUUUUGGGUAUUGAAUAUACAAAAGCGAUUGAUAUGUGGUCUUUUGGAUGUGUACUUGCUGAACUUUUUUUGGGAUAUCCACUGUUUCCAGGUGAAAAUGAAGCAGAACAGCUUUUGUGCAUGAUGGAAAUGAAGGGGACUCCGCCUGGGAGCUUAUUGGAAAUUUCAUCGAGAAAAAAUAUGUUUUUCGAUAAUGAUGAUAGGCCAAAAAUUGUGCCAAAUAGUAAAGGAAGAAUGAGGUAUACAAGUAAAUAUUAUUUAUAUAUAUUUAAUUUAUAUUUAAUUAAAUGGGAAGUUGUCGUUAUUUGAUAAGAUAUAUCCAUCAACUAAAAAUUUAGCUGAUAAAAUUAGAUGCAAUGACCCUUUGUUUGUUGACUUAAUAGAAAGUAAAUUUUAUAUAGAAUGCUUGGAUUGGGAUCCAAAAGAAAGAAUUAAGCCAGCUGAUGCUUUACAGCAUCCAUGAAUUCUUGAAAGCAUUAAUGGCUUUAUUAAACAUAAAAGAAGGAGCAGAAGCAAAGGAGAAUGAAUUUCUCAAUAA